GCGGACCCUAUGUUGGAUCCAAAUCGAGGGGACUACGCUUUCUACAGGCCAUGGAUUGCGAAGCUCACUGCUCACUUGUACUCUCACUGUUCUUCAUCUUCCUUUGCUCCUCUGCUGCUCGUGAUGCGAGGGAUCAGUCCCCGUCUGCAGUGGUGGUCGGAACUGUUUACUGUGAUACAUGCUUUCACCAGGAAUUCUCCAAGUUCAGCCACCUGAUCUCUGGUGCUUCGGUGGCAGUCGAGUGCGGAGAUGCGGCGAGCGGGCGCGGCUACAGGAAGGUGGUGACGACGAACCGGCGCGGGGUGUUUGGGGUCCGCCUGCCGCCGAGGAUAAGCAAGCACGUCCAUCUCAUCGAGGCCUGCUCGGUGAAGCUGCUCGAGAGCAACGAGCCAUUCUGCGCGGUGGCGUCCACCGCGACGGCCGCCGGGCUGCGACUCAAGUCGAGGCGGCGUGGCGUCCAUGUCUACUCCGUCGGGUUCUUCAGCUUCAAGCCGCUGAACGAGCCGGAGCUGUGCUAUCAGAAGCCAGUGCUCGAAGCUGAGAAGCAGGAGCAGUUCGCGUUCUUCCUCCCCCUGCCGACAAUUACCUUCCAGUCGUCGCCGCCGCAAGGCGCCGGUGGAUUCCCACUGUUUCGGCCGCCAACCCUGCUGCCUCCAAAUCCGUUCCAGCCACCUGCGUCGGUCCUGCCGCCUUCGCCGUCGUUUAACCUUCCUACAAUUCCUUCGUCCACACCACCGCCGGCCUGGCCGUUCCCUCGGUUCCCUGGCGUCCCAUCAGCCUUCCCUUCGAAGACGACGUCGCCAUGAACGAGCUGCUCCGCCCAAACUACGAGCCACAGCUCUAUCAAGUAAAUUACGUUUCGUUAAUGUAUUUGUAGUAAUAAUAAAAUAAUAAUAUAUAACUUGUUGUCUACUUGUCGAAA